GCCUGGGACCCCAAGAUUCCCGCCCGGGACGAGUCGCAUGUGCGUCAGAGAUUCCUCCACAAUGGAGUGGCAAGGCUCUGCCUUUUUCUUCUCCUACUCCCUCAAUUUGUACAUCCUAAGCCUUCGAAUACAUAUUUAGCGAUCUUGUUUACCAUUCGUUCCUUCGUUUCGUCGAUGCGUGCGUAUCUGUCCUUCUUAGUGUAAACAAUGCCUUCGAGCGGCUCCAAAUCGAAAACACUCGAACCCACCGUCAUUGAUAUCGAGAACGGCGCGCAGACACCCAACGGAUCUUCGCUUCUCACUCCCGCUGGCGAAACGCCCGAGGCUAUUACGCCAAAUGAACGAUUAAGCUACGAAUCCGAAAGACGAGCUCGUGAUACCGAGCGACCUGCACCCACCCGAUGGGGUCGAUUGUCCGAUAAUGUUCCAGCGCCAAUUGCGCGAGUCUCCAGCAAGGUGGUGGAUUGGGUGAAAGGGCCCGAGCCGCCCACAGUAUAUCGCAUAAAACCGCUGUUGGAAAAGGUGCAGCUGUUUCCUGCCCGGUGCCUGUCACGGUUACCGUUCGUUGUGCGGUUAGCUAUCUUGGUUGCUGGGUUCCUCUUGUGGGGUAUCUUGUUUGGGGUAAUAUUGUCUCGAUUUGGAUUGCCAACGGACAUUGGUGGGUUUGGCCCUCCGGUCAGACUGUCUUGUAUAUCAAGGUUAUGGCCGGAUUCUCCAGGCUGCGGACUAGAUGGUCGCGACUGCCUACCAUUUGACGACGCGGCAUUUGCAUUCAGUUGUCCUGCUGAGUGUUCCCGAGCCCAGGUGCUCAAUCCUCGAACGAUUGGCGACGAAACAAUCGUUUAUCGCUCUUUGGUCAUAGGUGGAACUUCCGAGCCGGGAGAUGGCGACGAGACACCGUACCGCGGCGAUUCCUUCAUCUGCGGUGCCGCUGUUCAUGCUGGAGUACUCGACAAUGGCAAGGGCGGCUGUGGAGUUCUAUCCUUGACCGGAGAGAAGAAAUCGUAUGGCUCCGCCGAUAAGAACGGGAUUUUGAGCGUAGGAUUCAACUCAAGCUUCCCGCUGUCCUUUGAUUUCUAUAAUGAUGGGGACGUCUCGCGCUCAGUAGCAAAAUGCGGCGAUCCUCGAUGGAAUCUGCUCACAUUAUCGACCAUAUUCACGGCAUUCUUUGGACUUCUAACGACAAAUCCCGUCACGUUCUUUGUUCCGGUUUUCGUGAUUGUCUACUUUCAAGUUGCGAUGGCGUCCGAUCCCCCUCCGUAUUCUGACUAUUCAUCUCUCGCAUCCACCGCACUUGGUGGCUUCCUUCCAGCGGCAUUCAUUGGAGUUUUGAUCUACAAAUUCAGCAUCCGGAAGACGCUCUCGCAUCUCAAUGCACAUAUCGAAAAGACCAUCUUAUGGGUCGGAGCAUGCUGGGUUGGUGCGCUGAACAAUUUGACUCUGGACAAGAUACCUAUCCAACGUUUGACACCGCACGACAUCAAACAGCAACCGGGAGCCAUUGUUGCCUUGGUUAUCAUCGUCCUCGUAAUCGUGGCAGUCGCAAUCUAUCAGGCGUGGUGCUUCAGGAAAGAAGGACGGCUACCCCGGUAUCUAGGACUCUACGCCAUUCUAGGUGCUGGGCUAUUGAUUUGUCUGGGUAUCCCACAGCUCAGCCUUCGAAUCCAUCACUACAUCCUCGCACUCCUUCUCCUCCCCGGAACGGCACUGCAAACACGACCAAGCCUUCUAUACCAGGGACUGCUGGUAGGAAUGUUCAUCAACGGCGUCGCGCGCUGGGGUUUCGCCCCCAUCCUGCAGACACAAGCCGCACUCCGCGGCGACGCACAGCUCGGUUCCAGCGUCCCAUCCAUCCUGCCGCCCGCCAUCGAAUCAACCAACAUCACCUUCACGUGGGAGAGCAUCGAGCAAGGCUACGAAGGUGUCAGCGUCCUCGUCAACGACGUGGAGCGGUUCCGCGGCUUUCACGAGGACGGGGACAAGAACUUCACCUGGACGCGACAGGCUGUAGAUCAUCCCGAGUACUUUCGCUUCGGGUUUGUCGCGUACGAACUCUUUGGGGGCGUUGACUACUCGGAUUUCACGAGGGCGGGCAUCUGGUGGCCGAAUGGCACUUGGUCUGAUAUCCCGCCUGGGCUGAGUUGAGAUAGACAGACGGCGAGGAUGAUUCGGGUUUUUCUCUCUCGGCUUCUUCCUGUUCAUGUUCUUUUUUCUGAUUUGGUCUACGGCGUUAUUUCCUCUUGGAAUUUUGAUAUGAACAUGACAUGCAUGAAUAUUCACACAUUGGCGGCGUACAUACAUCCACAAAUACCUACAUAAAGGAUAAUAACAUUGAUUUUUGAUACACUUCCAAACCGAUC